GGUAGCAGCAGCAGCAACGCCAGAUAGAGCGAGGCAGGCAGGGGAGUGCAGGCGCGUGAGAAGGCACACAUGCGGAUGGCCACGGGCGCCCAGCCCGGUAUAGCUGCUCCUGCUGACACUCAAAAUACGACGCAGCAGGAGGAGGAGCAGGAGCAGCGCCCGCUAAUGGAAGACAACGCCGGGGACCGGCCUCCCCGGAGAAACGGCCUCUCCGAGCGCAAACGCUGAAUUGGUUGCAAUUUACAAGGUUUUUUUAAAAAAAAAUCAAUUUUUUUUAAAAAAAAUACAAAACAACUUUUUUGGAGAGAGAAAAAGCGGCUGGAUCUGGCGCCAGCCACCUCCGGGAUUUUACCUAGCAGGGUCUAUUGACCAGGGAGACUUCAGUGGAAGGAAAAUACUAAUAAUCCGAGGGGGACCUGCUGCUCCAAAAAGAGCCGAGUUUCCUGCUUUCCCCUCCACCCCCUCUUCUCCAAGAGGGCUGGCAGAAGUUCAGCGUCGCCGGGGCUGCUUGCUACAGCUUGCCUCGCCGAAGACGACCGGCACCUUGACAGAUCACCUCGGGCUUUUGCGGGAGGGGUGCGCCGGGUUCCUGCCUUGCCGGCUUUCUGGACACCCCCGCACGAUCCCCACCGUCACUCCGUUCCCGGCCGCCAGGUGAGCGAUGACUCAUUAAGGCACCAUCGCUGCGCUUCCAUCAGGAACAGAAGGCAAAAGGUGCUUUGGGCAUAGUUCUUUCAGCAACAAGCUGAAGCGGUCGCUGUUCUGGUUUGUUUUUCCCCACCGAAAGGCAGGAAUUUUUGUUUGCGUGUUUCCAUCUUUUGAAGUGGGACUGCUCGAUUGCCAGCUGAGGAGGAGGAGGGAGGGAUCCCUCCCCGCUGAUGUCACUGGACCAUGGUUGCUUCCAUGGCCGGAUCAUGAAGUGUUUGACUUUCUUUCUUCUGCUUCCAGAGGCCUUGAAGAAGUCCAAAAAGAGCGUCCGGGCCAGCGGCAAGGGGCCAGCAUGCUAUGAGGUAGCGCCCCUGGCCCUCAAGAAGAAGAUGGCUGCGGAACUUUACCCUGCCAGCGCCAACACCAAUCUUGCCAACAGCAAUAACGCCGCCGCCGCUAACAGCAAGAAAAACGCCCUUCAGCUCCAGCAGAGCGCGCAGCCCCCGCCCCCGCCGCCGCUCCAAAACCUCAACAACAACAACGUGGAAAGCGCCAACUGGCAGUCCUUCCACCCCACCCUGCGAGAGAGGAACGCACUCAUGUUCAAUAACGAACUUAUGGCUGACGUGCAUUUUAUUGUGGGCCCAGUGGGGGCAGCCAAGAAAGUUCCUGCUCACAAGUAUGUUUUGGCGGUUGGUAGCUCUGUCUUCUACGCAAUGUUUUAUGGAGAUCUUGCAGAGGUCAAAUCUGAGAUCCAUAUACCAGAUGUGGAACCUGCAGCCUUCCUUAUCUUAUUAAAGUACAUGUACAGCGAUGAAAUCGACCUGGAAGCAGAUACUGUGCUUGCUACUUUGUAUGCAGCCAAGAAAUACAUUGUCCCAGCAUUAGCAAAAGCUUGUGUCAAUUUCCUGGAGACCAGUCUAGAAGCCAAGAAUGCUUGCGUCCUGCUGUCUCAGAGCAGACUCUUUGAAGAGCCGGAGCUCACACAGCGCUGCUGGGAAGUCAUUGACGCUCAAGCUGAAAUGGCACUAAAAUCGGAGGGUUUCUGCGAAAUAGAUCACCAGACGCUAGAGAUCAUUGUGACAAGGGAAGCACUGAACACGAAAGAGGUUGUAGUAUUUGAGGCAGUUCUGAACUGGGCUGAGGCUGAAUGCAAGAGACAAGGGCUGCCAAUUACACCAAGGAACAAGCGGAAUGUAUUGGGCAAAGCUUUAUACUUGGUACGGAUUCCAACCAUGACUUUGGAAGAGUUUGCCAACGGUGCAGCACAGUCUGACAUCCUAACCCUUGAGGAAAGGCAUAAUAUUUUCUUAUGGUAUACUGCUGCAAAUAAACCUAAGCUAGAAUUUCCACUAACAAAAAGGAAAGGACUUGCACCUCAAAGGUGCCAUCGAUUUCAAUCCUCUGCCUAUCGUAGCAACCAGUGGAGGUACCGAGGGCGGUGUGACAGCAUCCAGUUUGCUGUAGAUAAAAGGAUAUUUAUAGCCGGACUGGGGUUGUAUGGGUCAAGUUGUGGAAAAGCUGAAUACAGCGUCAAAAUCGAACUAAAGCGGCUAGGAGCUGUUCUCGCCCAGAACCUGACAAAGUUUACCUCUGAUGGAUCUAGUAACACUUUCUCAGUAUGGUUUGAGCAUCCUGUGCAAGUUGAGCAAGACACCUUUUACAAUGUAAGCGCCAUUCUGGAUGGCAAUGAACUGAGUUAUUUUGGACAAGAGGGAAUGACAGAAGUACAAUGUGGGAAAGUGACCUUCCAGUUCCAGUGCUCCUCAGACAGCACCAAUGGCACAGGAGUACAAGGAGGACAAAUACCUGAACUCAUUUUCUAUGCAUGAUGCACUUCACUUAGAUUGUAUUCCAGGACUGCUCUGCACAUUAAGGGAUACUUUGGUUUGACUGCAAAGAUUCCAGAGCAGCUUGGAAUGUUAUACUACUUACCCAUCUACUUACCUUACCAUCUGGCUAUCAAACUAAGUGAAGGAAUGCUCUUGAAUUUAAUCUUAUUUUAUUUAUUCAUAAGCUAUUUGACUUAAUUAUUGAACUGCAACAUGCAGGAGGGAGAAAAUGUUUUUAAAAAUUGCACAUGGUGUGCAUUUAUUUUGUAUAUAGAUAACUAACUUGCAGACUGCAGCUGACUCAAACAGAAUGUUCUAAAGUAGAGCAGUUUUGAGGAUCUGUUGAAUAUAAAACAUUUUUACUUGUCCUAGA